ACCUGUUGACGAGAGAGGGACUUAGAAUAGAGUUAUUCAUAGUGCAGAUGCUCCCACAACGUAAAGGACGAGGGUGUGACGAAGGUUAUAUUUUACUGGUGGAAACCGUCUUGGAUUAUUGUUCUUCAAGCUUCAGUCGCAAUGACCUGCACUAACAAAGGAUGUUUCGUUAUAUUCCUGGGGACAACUGUGGCUACUGUAGCUGUCUAUUUGACAUUGAAUCAAUCAUUGAAUGUGUUUGUAGUGGAAGGUUUCAUAUCAACAACACCUAGCCUGAAACAAGUAUUCCUCUUGGAAGUCUCUAAGAAAUAUCCCCUUGUGCUUCAUAGGCGGAGUGUGAAAAUUAAGUCAACAGGUUCACCAAACAGAACAUUAAAACGUAUUGUGUGGAUGAACUUUCCACGUGGCGACAACCCUUCAAAAUCCUUCGACCACUGUAAUGUUCGUUCGUGUGAAAUAAGUACGAAAGAGGCACUCAUUUCAUCGGCUGAGGCUGUUAUUGUCCAUGGUGUGCGUUUGCCUGCUUCAAAACACCCAAACAACAACAUGGACCAAGUGUGGAUUAUGGAUGGAUGGGAAUCACCUCUUCACUAUUUUUCAAACACGAUUUUCCGUUCGGAUUGGAAUGGACGUUUUAACUGGACAAUGACGUACCGCCUGGACUCGGAUAUACCCUAUCCUUACAAUAGGAUCUUGUUUACAGGAGGCACUGUGAAUAUAAGUGAUGUUCUAAGGAAAAAAAGCCGAUCAAUAGCUUGGUUUGUUAGUCACUGUGGUACACCGUCAAAGAGGGAAGUGUAUGUUCAAGAACUGCGAAAACAUAUUGAUGUCGACAUUUAUGGUUCCUGCAGAUAUAACAAGAGUUAUGACUGCCCGAAAAAAAGGUUCGUCAAAUGUCUUGGCAUGUUAAACACCACGUAUAGGUUUUAUCUUGCGUUUGAAAACUCCCUGUGUAAAGAUUACAUCACAGAAAAGUUCUUCAACACGUUCAGGACUUCAGCUAUUCCCAUCGUUCGUGGAGGCGCUGACUAUGCACGUCUUCUGCCAGAAGGAACCUUCAUCAACACGGCAUCAUUUGACAGUCCCAAGAGUUUGGCGAACUAUAUCAAAUAUUUGGAGAGAAAUGAGACAGCUAUGGGGGAUAUUCUUGCAAAAAAGCACAAAUAUGAAUACAUUGAUACAUUACGGACGGACUUUGACUGGAGGUGUCAGUUGUGUGCCAAGUUACAUGGUAAUAUUACAAGAAAACAUUACACUGAUAUGAAACAGUGGCUUGAGACCGGAAAAUGCCUAGAACGGCCCAAAGAUCUGCCGUGAUGUUUGGUAUUGCAAGAAACUUGUCACUAGAUAUCAUAACAAUAGUGAUUGUUCUCACUCACUUACUUGGAACACACCAAGUUUAGAACAGUAUCUUAUCUGUGAUGGUUUACCAACAGUGCCCACAUGAUUAGCUUGGUGACCGAGGAUGAUCGUCAAUACAGGCGACCUUACUGAUUGUGUGUGAACCGAUUCAAAAACGAUUUUCUUUGUCCGUCACUCGUAGACAUAGAUCUGUAGUUCAGAUGUUGUAGACUGAACAUUUAUUCAUUCUUCAUUGAUACAUUGAAAUGUUCAUUCAUUCCAUAAUGUCAUGUUAAGGUUUAGAAAUUUCUGAGAUAAAAGUCUUGUGAGUCCCUUUCCAACCAGCAACAUAAAAUUAUAUAUUGAAUAAACAAGCUUACAAUGAA